AUGUCGUCUUGGACCGACGACCUCACCAUGGACACCAUGGCAAAGGAGAGAGCCAAUCCUCCCUUUGACGUUCGAAAGAUGUCCAUCGAACACCACGGCAGCGAGAGCGAUCUGAUCAAAAAGGAAAAGUUCAUGCUCGAAGCCAGUCGCGACCCUGUCUUCUACUCGGGAGACAUCUAUGACCUCACCAAGGAGCAGAUUCGCGAGCGUACCAUGCAGCGCAUUCAGCGUCUCGCCCACUACGUCACCAGCGAGUCGGUUGACGACUUCCAGAAGCGUAUGGAGCUCAUGUCGCUUCUCGACCCUGGUCUUUGGACGCGUCUCGGUGUCCAUUACGGUCUCUUCCUUGGCGCCAUUCGCUCCGCUGCCACGCCCAACCAGUUUUCCUACUGGAUGGAGAAGGGCGUUGUUUCGUGCCAGGGCAUGUUUGGUUGCUUUGGUAUGACCGAGCUCGCCCACGGCUCCAACGUCGCCGGCCUGGAGACCACCGCUCACUUCGAUGGCCAGACUGACGAGUUUAUCAUCCACACUCCCAAUCUUGGCGCUACAAAAUGGUGGAUCGGCGGUGCCGCUCAGACUGCUACCCAUUGCUCCGUCUUUGCCCAGCUCAUCGUCAAGGGCAAGCGAUACGGCACAAAGACGUUUAUCGUGCCUCUUCGUGACCCCAAGAGCUUCCAGCUGCUCCCCGGAAUCAACAUUGGCGAUAUCGGCAAGAAGAUGGGUCGUGACGGCAUCGAUAAUGGUUACAUCCAGUUCACCAACGUCCGCAUUCCACGAGCCUACAUGCUGAUGAAGCACACUCAGGUCACCCGCGACGGUGAGGUGCGCGAGCCCCCUCUGCAGCAGCUCACCUACGGUGCUCUUCUUCAGGGCCGAACGGCCAUGGUCGCCGAUGCUGCCAACACGGCCAAAAAGGCGCUCACCGUCUCGGUGCGAUACGCUGCUGCACGACGACAGUUCAAGUCGGAUGCAAAGGCCGAGCUCGAGACGCAGAUCAUCGACUACCCUAUCCACCAACGACGUCUCAUGCCUCUUGUCGCCCAGGCGGUUGCCUUUGGAUACACUGCGCUCGAGCUGCAGCGUCUUUUCAACGAGACCUCGCAGGCGCUCGAGGCUCUCGAGCCUGGUGACCCUAACCUCGACGCUACCAUUGAGAAGCUCAAGGAAACCCACUCUACCAGUGCCGGUCUCAAGGCUUUCUGCACCUGGGCAACCCUCGAGACUAUCGACCGCUCCCGACAGGCCUGUGGUGGUCACGGUUACUCGAGCUACAACGGAUUUGCCAAUAUGUACUCUGAUUUCGCAGUCCACUGCACAUGGGAAGGUGACAACACGAUCUUGGCCUUGCAGGCGGGUCGUUUCCUGAUCUCGGCAUUCCAGGAUGCUCUUGAUGGCAAGAAGCAGGUGAGCCAGGGCACCAAGUACAUGAACGAUCUGAACAAGGUGCUGUCGGCCAAGUGCGAGUCGAACGACGCACUGGACACGCUCGAUGGCAUUGACCGUGGUUGGGCCACCGUCGCUGCUCAUGCCGUCAAGAAGGCGACGGAAGACUACCGCGCUUGCCUCAAGGCGGGUCGAAGCAAGGAGCAGGCUUUCGAGGAUUGCUCGCAGGUGCGAUUUGUUGCUGCCAGCAUUCACACGAGCGGCUACAUUUUCCGUCAGUUCCGCGCUGCGGUGGAGCGAGUCGAGAAGAGUGACGACGGUGUGCGCGAGCACCUCGAGCUGUUGGCCAAAUUCUAUGGUCUCUGGCAAAUGGAGGAGAAAGCCGCCUUCUUCCUGCGCAGUGGUUGGUUGACGCCUGAGCAGCUCGACUACGCUUCGGCCAAGGUGACCGAGUACUGUGCCAAGACGCGAUCGUUCGCCAUCCCUCUGAUUGACUCGUUUGCCAUCUCGGACCACGUCCUCAACUCGCCCAUCGGUAGGUACGACGGUGACAUUUACCGCGAGUACUUCCGUAUGGUGCGCCGAAACAACCCGCAGCUCAAGGAGCACCCAUACUUUGAGCGUCUGAUCCGACCCUUCAUUGAACGACAGUUGCCCGAGGUUGAAGACUUUGACGAGGCUAUUGGCAUCGACGACGAGAUCGAGGAGAUUAAGCAGGACCGCGAAGAAGCCGAGGCCGAGGCCAAGGCUCAGGCUGCUGGGAAAAAGGAGUAG